CCUUCAUUCAAUAAUCAAAUCACCAACACAUUCAUUUCAUGGCAAAUAUGCACCAACCCAUUGAUUGGUUUUCUUUGCUUUCAAAAACCAGGCUUGAAUCCUCACUUAUUUACAAAUAUGGGAUGGCGUUCUCUCGAAACGAGCUCGAAGAAGAUGAUAUAACAUACUUCAACCAUGAGUUACUUCAAAGCAUGGGGAUCUCUAUAGCCAAACACAGGUUAGAGAUACUCAAGCUUGCUAGGAAACAAAAACGGCCAAACGGUUCACACCCCAUCUCAAAGCUCGUGAUCGCCAUCAAGAAAACCAAGAGGACCUUGGCUAGUCACAUCCGGACAUGGGUGCAUCGCGAUGAUUCAGCUUUGGUCCUGGUUCAUGACACUUAUGGUUCAAGAUGGAAAGGUAAUAUGUUAAGGAGAAACAAGACAUUUGUGACCUUUGAACAAUCUACACCUACUCUUUUACUCACUAAUGGCUAUCAUAAGUCCUUUUCGAGCCCAUUGGUUUAUCGAUGUGAUCAAGAGAAGAAAGAGUGCGGUUAUGGUGACCAUCAUGCAAGUUUAGAUGAAGGCAGCGGUCGCUGGUUCGAUGGGGGUGUUGAAGAGAUUAAAUGGGACACCAUGUUUCAGAAUUUGAAACCAACUUGACUGAAAGUCUUUAUGGAGUAUAUGUUACGGUGAACUUGAGUCAAGUCAAACCCAUGCUAUGAAAUUUCUAUGUUUUGAUUGUUUGGUCACAAUUCCACUGGGCCAAAGGUGGUGGUAGCCGGUACGGUUGGCAACUUAUUAGUCAUGGGUCCUUUUAACAAUCAAUUGUUACAUGGAGUUUUGUCAUGAACACAAAAGUUUGUGUGUUUUGUAGUGUUCUUGUGUUGAAAACCGAAGUAAAUCGGUCAGUUUAACCGGUUUAAAAUUUAGGAAAAAUUACAAGUUUUGUCCUUUAUCUUAAUACCACUUAUUAGGCGGUGUCCUUUUUAACGAAUUUUGAGAAGUUUUGCCCUUUACAAGGAAUUUUGUUGCAUGUUUUGUUCUUUAGGCUUAACUCAGUUAGAUUUUCUUGUUAGAUCUUGUCACCCAAGGGUAUUUUAGUCUUUUUACCCAUUUAUUUAAUAUUAUUUAAAAGAAUAAA